AUGCAAUUCUUGAGCCGGAAAAACGUGGCACUAUGGCAGGCCUGCAUCGCAUUGCUCACCUCAACAGCUGCGUCAGCCAACUCGACCCUAUUCGAGCGCGGUACCGUCAUCUCCUUUGACGAUGCGACCAAGACCCCCAAGGUCCUCUGGAACACCUCCCUCCUCAUAACCGGAGACCGCAUCGCCGCCAUCUUCGACGACUCUCAAAACGUCACCAUCCCCUCCGGCACCGAGCGGAUCUCCGCUGAAGGCAAGAUUAUCACACCCGGCUUUGUCGACACCCACCGGCACGGCUGGCAAACCGCCUACAAGACGCUGGGCUCCAACACCACGCUCGCCGAGUACUUCCAGCGGUACGGCGAGUUCACUCAAGCCUCGACCGUCUUCACCCCAGACGAUGUGUACCUGGGGCAGCUGGUGGGCAUCUACGAGGCGCUCAACUCGGGGGUGACGUCCAUCCUCGAGCACGCCCACGCCACCUUCUCCAACGCCACCGCGGCUGCCUACCUCAACGCCUCCAUCGACAGCGGCGUGCGCAUGUGGUGGUGCUACGCCUUCCACGAGCUGGACAACGGCUUCAGCAUCGCGGACCAGAUGGCCAACUUCAAGGACUUGAACCAGAACCUGGCCGAGCGGCAGGACCAGAGCCUCGUCGAGAUGGGCAUGGCCUACGACGCCUUCGCCUCCGCAGACGCCGACGAGAUCCAGUCCGUCAUCAACCUCGCCAAAACCUCCAACAUCACCGCCUUCACGACCCACUACCUCGGCGGGCCCUGGUACGACGCCAACUCGCCCACCCUCCUCGACGCCCUCGACUUCCUCAACACCACCUUCCCCAUCAUCUUCUCGCACGCCUCCUACCUCACCCCGGACGACGUGCUCCUCCUCCGCCGCCACGACCACUACAUCUCCACCACGCCCGAGUCCGAGAUGCACUACGGCCACUCGCACCCGGACGCCGCCCUCGCCCAGGACCAGGCCGCCCUCGGCGUCGACACGCACUUCACGUACAGCACCGACAUGGUCGGGCAGGCGCGCCUGUGGCUGCAGAGCGCGCGGCUGCGCUUCGCCAGCGCCGUCCUGCGCGACUGGCGCGUCCCCAGCACGAAUGCGAUGAGCGUCAAUCAGGCGUUCCUGCUGGCGACGCGGGCGGGCGGGAUGGCGCUGCGGAGGGGCGGCGACGUGGGCGUGUUGAGGGUGGGCGCGGUGGCGGACGUCGUGGUUUUCGAUGGGGAGUCGCCGAAUAUGCUGGGGUGGGUCGAUCCCGUCGCGGCGGUCGUGCUGCAUUCGCAUGUGGGGGAUGUGAGGCACGUGCUUGUUGGGGGGCAGUGGCGGAAGAGGGAUGGGAGGCUGGUGGUGCGGGAGGGGAUGGAGAGGGCGGAGGUGGAGAAGAGGUUUUUGGAGAGCGCGCGGAGGAUUCAGAAGGUGUGGGCGGAGACGCCGUUGCCGGUGUUGGAGGGCGUGUAUCAGGAUGGUGUGGAGUAUGGGGAGACGUAUCGGAUGGAUGUUGUGAGGGGCGAGGGGACGGGGUAUUAG